CGGCACGAUGAACAACUACCUCGCCAAGUUCCAGGAGGCCGCCUCCAAGGUCGGCGUGCAGGCAACGGCCUUUGCCCAGAACACGGGCCGCCAGAUCAACGAGCAGGCCAAGCUGGCACAGGCGGGCUUCUCCCUGCCAAAAGAGUGCGAAAAGGCCGCAAAGAUCCUGCAGGCUUUCGUCGCAAACCCGGACCACCCCGACUCGGCGCUCAACUCCAUUCCCAAGGCUGUGCUGCAGAAUGCCAAGGGCCUGGCAGUCUUCAGCGUCGUCAAGGCUGGCUUCGUCUGGUCCGGUCGUGCCGGCUCCGGCGUCGUGGUCGCACGUCUCCCGGAUGGCAGCUGGUCCGCGCCUUCGUGCAUCGCGACCGGCGGCGCCGGCUUCGGUCUGCAGAUCGGCGCCGAGAUCAGUGACUUUGUCGUCGUCAUGAACAGCGAGGAUGCCGUGCGUUCCUUCGCUCUCGCAGGCAACUUGACGAUUGGUGGAAACAUGAGCGCGGCUGCUGGACCGAUUGGCGUGGGCGCAGGCGCUCAGGCGGCACUGGCACACCCCGCACCGAUGUUCAGCUACUCGCGCAGCAAGGGCCUCUACGCAGGCAUCAGCCUCGACGGCUCCGUCCUCGUGGAGCGCAAGGAUGCCAACCGCGAGUUCUACGGCUCGCCAGUGCCCGCAGCCGACCUGCUGGCCGGCAAGGUCCCGGCACCCGAGGCUGCUUCGGCUAUGUACGAAGUCGUCGAGGCAGCAGAGGCCAUCGACGAGACGGGGCUGCCGCAGCAGGCCUACAUCCCCACGGGCCAGCCAGGCCAGACGCAGCCCGUCUCGGCGCCAUACCACGUCGGCGGCGACAGCGCGGCAGCGGCCGGCGGCGCGCCCAACACGCUCUUCGAUGCAAGCGCCGCGGAGCACAAGGCCUAGGCCCGAGCAUGCGCUCGCGUGCCCUGUCCUCCUCCCAGCUGCGUUCAUACUCUCGUCACGACCACAUAUGUCCGUGCUCGCGACCCGUCUGCCCUUAUGACCAUUCUCGCCUCAAUCGAUGCGCGAUCACCUUGA